CCGCGGAUCCCCUGGUAGGGUGUUUACAAGAAGUAUUUAUAGAUUUUAGGAGGAAUCUCAUACAAUAAAUGUUAAUUAAUGAACUAUAUUCUUGCUCGAAAUAGAACUCCUCUCAUGUCUUCGAUGUCAAGCAUUAAUUGUCUCCUUCUUGUUUCCAAACUCUGGACGAGUCCAGCCUAUGCCAAAUAACCAUGCCGAAUAACUGCUUGCCACGUAACCCAAGGGAUAUCCCGGCCUCACUAGAACUCUGCCCAGGCUCGAGGUCUGCUGUGCAGCUCGGCCUGGCUGUGGGUUCCUAUUGUGAGCUUAAUCCCAUUUGGGCCUGGCGGCAUAUUCGAACAUUAAUCUCGUUUAUGGGCUAAUCCCGUUAAGGGCUAAUCCCGUUAAGGGCUAAUCCCGUUAUGGGCUAAUCCUGUUAAUUAGGCUAAUCCCGUUAAGGGUUGAUCCCGUUGAUGGGUUGAUCCCGUUGAUGGGCUGAUCCCGUUGAUGGGCUGAUCCCACUGAUGGGCUUUGCUUUAAUUCAAUCUUGGGCCAUGGUUGUGAUAAAUGGUACCAUCACGAGCCCCGUACUCCUCAAUGAUGCGGUUUACCAGAUUUUGAAUUUCGAAUCUUUCAUAGGCAACUGUAGCGCUGCCUAGCAUUCAUUGCGCCGAAGUAGGCCUGCAGCCAGGCUCAUUUUCCAAUCCAGCUUUUCAUCUCUCCAACUGUUCGAAUGCCUUGAUGCAGUUUUCCCAGGCGGUUUUGAAACAUUUUUCGAUACGGUUCCCAAGCGGUUCCAACGCUUCCGAGGCGUUUUAGGGUUCUACUAUAAAAGCAAACACUUUCUUCUUCACAAUUCUUCUGGCAUUUCUAGCAUUCCUUGAAUCCUUUAAACAAAAGACGAACUUGCCAUGUCUUCAUCUAACCCUUCCUCCGUUUCUAGACCUCUUACCGACUCUGAAACUCAUUUUUACCUUCCAGCCAGUCGAGCGUGCGUUAUUCCCGCUCUAGCCAUUUCGGACGAGGAAUUCAAGACCGUCGUCGCCCUUGCUGGUCCCAACGUGAUCUGCUCACACCCCACCCCUGGCCAGAAUAUUGUGGAUCCUCCUUCUCCUCUUCACUUCGGGGUUCACUUAUCCAGCCUGCGGAUGGGACUCAUGCUUCCUCUUCACCCUUUUGUGCUACAUGUUCUUUCCUAUUAUGACCUCGUUCCUGGUCAACUUGCCACGGUGGCACAUCUCUUCCUGGCCGGGUUCAUGGCCCAGUGUGUGCACCUGAGGAUUUUGUUGAACAUGAACAUCUUCCGACAUUUCUUCUACGCGGCUCGAUCUGGCGCCUACGCAGCUAAGGGCUUCAUUGUGCAGGCUCGGCCACCAUUUGUUCGAGGUUCCACCCUGCCCCGAUCUCAUCAAAAUUGGGAACAAAAGUGGGUGUGGAUAACCCCGACAAAUGGUGAAUUGCCGUUUGUCAAUAGAUGGGGAGAGCUCAUCUGCUGAUGGGACGUGCCCUUACUCAACAGGGGAACUGAGUAUGCUGCCGGCCUUCUUGAUAUGGGCUCGCCCUACCUGCUGGGCCACCGUAUGGAUGAUGAUGGGAAGGUCGUGCUCACGUUUCCCCAGGGGAUUGAGAAGUAGCCUGAUCGGGAGCAACAAGGAAGCGACGAUGUGACUCUUGCAACGCAGGCUGCCGACCUCUAGCUUCUUGUGACGAGGGAGGCUGGAAUGAGGCUAGUACUCCAGGUCGUUUCCUUGCCUGUAAGGAGGAGAUCCCAAGAUUAGAAGAGUUGUAGAAGGUUGAUGGAUCAGACUCCGAAGGUGGCAGUUAGGGGGGCGCCCCGACACCCUGAUAAUGCCUGUUUUAUUUUUCCUUAACAAUCAGUCUCUUCCAAGCCUGCGUGCUUGAUGUGUUUUUUCACCUUCAGGGUGGUUUGUAACAAACAUCUUUACUUUCUGCACUUUAACUCCUUGCACAUAUAUGCAUGACCAUGUUUUGCCUU